UUAGUUUUUUUUGAUUUUUUUAAUCGAAACCCACUUCCCAAACAAUGGCUGUGUUGCUAUUGUUGUGAAUUUUAGUUGAGAUCAGAAUCUGGGUUUUGUAUGAAUUUUGUUAAAAUUGAUUCUGUGCUGCUGGUCAAACCGGCCCCUUUUGAUCCCUUCCCCUAGAGGCUAGAACCCAGGCACCCAAGACUUGCCCUACACACCCAUGUUCACCGAUCUGUCCAAACCUGUUUCUGGGAUGGACUCCAAGUGUUUUAUGUGUUCAUCAAUCCAGUCCAGGGCUUCCGCCGGAAAUUCUAUCCGGGAGGUGAGUUUCUGUGAUUUGGGAUCCAAAAAUGUGCGGCAUGGGUCAAGGGGUGCUGAUUCUGAAGCGCUUAGCGUGUCCCAGAAAGAGAUUAAUGAUGAGGAUGCAAGGCUAAUUCAUAUAAAUGAUCCCGGGAAGACGAAUGAGAGGUUUAAAUUUGCUGGGAAUUCGGUUAGGACUGCGAAAUAUUCCGCCUUAACCUUCUUGCCACGCAAUCUCUUUGAACAGUUUCAUAGAGUUGCAUACAUAUAUUUCCUUGUGAUUGCUGUUCUCAGUCAGCUUCCACAGCUUGCAGUCUUUGGUCGAGCACCUUCAAUCUUGCCAUUAGCCUUUGUGCUCUUAGUUACUGCAGUUAAGGAUGCUGAUGAGGACUAUAGGCGGCACUGGUCUGACCGAAUUGAGAACAAUCGAUUAGCAACAGUUUUGGUAAAUGAUCAGUUUCAAGAGAAGAAGUGGAAGGAUAUCCAGGUAGGCGAAAUCAUCAAAAUUGUUGCAAAUCAGACUAUUCCCUGUGAUAUGGUGCUGCUCUCAACCAGUGAUCCAACCAGUGUAGCUUAUGUCCAGACCAUUAAUUUGGAUGGGGAGUCAAACUUGAAGACACGGUAUGCAAAGCAAGAGACCGUUUCAAAAGUUCCCGAGAAGGAAAAGAUUAGUGGGUUGAUCAAGUGUGAGAAACCUAACAGGAACAUCUAUGGAUUCCAUGCAAACAUGGAAAUUGAUGGGAAACGGUUUUCUCUUGGGCCAUCUAAUAUUAUUCUCCGUGGCUGUGAGAUCAAGAACACUGCGUGGGCACUUGGGGUUGCAGUGUAUACUGGCGGGGAGACCAAAGCAAUGCUCAACAACUCUAGAGCUCCGUCUAAGAGGAGCCGAAUUGAGACCCGUAUGAACUGGGAGAUUACUCUUCUCUUAGUCUUUCUUGUUACUCUGUGUACUGUGGUUUGCAUUUGUGCCAGUGUUUGGUUAGUGCGCCAUAAGCAUGAACUGGAUUACUUGCCCUUUUUCAGGAAAGCAGAUUUCUCUACAGGCGAAGAGACGGACUAUAACUAUUAUGGAUGGGGGAUGGAGGUUUUCUUUACAUUUCUCAUGUCAGUUAUUUUGUUCCAGAUCAUGAUCCCGAUUUCACUGUACAUUUCUAUGGAGCUUGUCCGUGUUGGUCAAGCUUACUUCAUGAUCAGGGAUUCCCAAAUGUAUGAUGAAGCCUCAGAUUCAAGAUUCCAGUGCAGGGCCUCAAAUAUAAAUGAAGAUCUGGGACAAGUAAAAUACAUAUUCUCAGACAAAACUGGUACCUUGACUGAGAACAAGAUGGAAUUUGAAUGUGCAAGCAUUUGGGGUGUAGAUUACAGCGGUGGGAAAACCAGUUCCCAAGAGGAACAAGUUGGAUACAUAGCUCAAGUGGGUGGGCAGGUUCUGAGGCCGAAGAUGAAGGUGAAGGUUGAUCCAGAGCUUCUAUACCUAUCCAAAAGCGGGAAGCAUACAAUAGAAGGCAAACAUGUUCAUGAUUUCUUCCUUACAUUGGCCGCUUGCAACACAAUUGUGCCUCUUAUUGUAGAGACAUCUGAUCCUACACUGAGUUUGAUAGAUUAUCAAGGGGAAUCUGCGGAUGAACAGGCAUUGGUUUAUGCUGCUGCUGCUUAUGGUUUUACGCUUAUAGAACGAACCUCUGGCCACACAGUUAUAGAUGUUCAAGGAGAAAGACAAAGGUUUAAUGUUUUGGGUUUGCAUGAGUUUGAUAGUGAUCGGAAGAGGAUGUCGGUUGUACUUGGUUUCCCUGACAAGAGCGUAAAAGUCUUUGUAAAAGGUGCCGACACAACCAUGUUUAGUGUAAUUGACAAAUCCUUGAACUUGAACGUAAUACAUGCAACUGAAGCCCAUCUUCACUCUUAUUCAUCUGUGGGUUUGAGAACCCUUGUUGUGGGAAUGCGGGAACUAAAUUCUUCAGAAUUAGAGCAAUGGCAGUCUUCUUAUGAGACGGCAAGCACUGCUUUGAUUGGAAGGGCAGCUUUACUACGUAAGGUUGCUAGCAAUGUAGAAAACUCCCUGAUUAUAUUGGGUGCCUCUGGAAUCGAAGAUAAACUGCAAAAAGGCGUGCCAGAAGCUGUAGAGUCUCUAAGAGUGGCAGGUAUUAAGGUCUGGGUUUUGACUGGGGACAAGCAAGAAACUGCCAUUUCCAUUGGCUACUCCUCUAGACUUUUGACAAGCAAGAUGACCCAGAUUGUUAUUAACAGCAACUCCAAGGAAUCAUGUAAAAAGAGUUUAGAAGAUGCAUUGAUUAUGUCUAAGAAGUUCAUGACGGUGUCUGGUGCUGUGCACAAUAACACUGAAGGAAAUUCUGGAGCUGGUGCAAGUUCACUCGCAUUGGUCAUUGAUGGAACAAGUCUUUUUUAUAUCCUUGAGACUGAACUUGAUGACCAGCUCUUCCAAUUAGCCAGUAAAUGUUCUGUUGUGCUAUGUUGCCGUGUGGCUCCAUUGCAAAAGGCUGGAAUUGUUGACCUCGUAAAGAACAAGACAAAUGAUAUGACUCUUGCCAUAGGGGAUGGUACCAAUGAUGUUUCAAUGAUCCAAAUGGCCGAUGUGGGCGUUGGUAUCAGUGGGCAAGCGGGUCGGCAAGCUGUCAUGGCAUCAGAUUUUUCAAUGGGCCAGUUCAGAUUCUUGGUUCCCCUUUUAUUGGUUCAUGGACAUUGGAAUUACCAGCGGAUGGGCUACAUGAUAUUAUACAAUUUUUACAGGAAUGCGGUGUUUGUUCUUGUCUUAUUUUGGUAUACGCUUUUCACUGGUUUCACUUUGACAACUGCAAUUACUGAGUGGAGCAGCGGCUUGUAUUCAGUAAUUUAUACUUCAUUUCCUACAAUCUUUGUUGGAAUCCUAGACAAGGAUCUAAGUAGAAUGACUCUUAUAAGGUAUCCUCAGCUUUAUGGGGCUGGACAGAGAGGGGAAAGCUAUAAUGCAAAACUAUUUUGGAUAACAAUGGCGGACACUUUGUGGCAAAGUGUAGCCGCCUUCUUUCUCCCCCUCAUUGUGUACUGGCACAGCACCAUUGAUGGCUCAAGCUUAGGAGAUCUUUGGACACUUGCAGUGGUGAUUCUGGUUAAUAUACACUUGGCCAUGGAUGUGAUUCAGUGGACUUGGAUUACUCAUACAGCCGUUUGGGGAUCUAUAGUUGCAACCUUUAUUUGUGUCCUCGUUAUUGAUGCUAUACCCGUAUUACCUGGUUACUGGGCCAUCGUUCAUCUUGCUCAAACAGGAUUGUUUUGGUUGUGCUUGCUUGGCAUCCCAAUCGGAGCAUUGAUUCCUCGUUUUGUUGUAAAAUUUUUUGUUCAAUGCUAUAGAGCUGAUGAUAUUCAGAUAGCAAGAGAAGCUGAGAAGUUCAGGGGGUUUAGGGAGUUUGAAGGUGCAAAAAUUGAAAUGAACCCAAUUUUCGAUUCCCCCAGGAGAUGACUAGGUGAUUUUGUUGUGUGCAUCUAAUCAUCUUCUUCUUCUUCUUCUUCUUCCCUUUUUUUUUUUUUCCUUUUUUUUU